GAAAUCCUGGCCAUUUUGGUCUCAAAUCAUAAAAAUGACGCUAACUCAAAACAUGCGAGGCUUGCCAAGUGAACGUGAAUUUAUUAAAUUUCUUAAGGAAAUUGGCAAUGGUACCCCUGAUGAUCUUAUUGAGAUACCAAACUUUCUGAUCAGCUCUGCUUCUAUCAUUGAUGAAAUUUACGGUAAUAUUCCGGAAAUUGUUCAAACUCCUGAGAUAACAAAUCGAGCAAUAUUGGCUCCGAAGAGUGAAGAUUGCGAGGAGAUUAAUCACCAAGUUUUAAGAAUGAUGCCAGGUGAAGAAAGAACUUACAUCAGUUGUGACUCAGUGGUUACUGACAACGAACAUGAACAGACUCUCUAUCCCACUGAAUUUUUAAAUAGCCUUUUAGUGAGUGGCUUACCUCCUCACAAACUCACAUUGAAAGAAAAUGCCAUUGUUUUACAACACUUCAAAGGCACUUAUUAA